UAAGAAGUGUAAAGUGAAAUUAUUAGAAUAUAAAAAAUUUAAAAUACACCUCCAAUAACUACAAAUAUUUAACCUUUUUACACUUCGAAAAUAUCCUAAUAUUAAUAUAAAUACAAGUUCCUAUAAUUUGAUUAUAGUAAUCCUUAUAAUAUAAUAAGAUAUUUUCAUGCCUUUCAAUUUUUUAACAGUGGCAAAUGGCAUCCGAGUCUAUGUUGGUAAAAGCUGAAAUUAAGGAUGAGUUUGAAGAUGAGUCAAGCUCAAGAUAUUGUAUAAAAAGUCAGCCAUUCACCUCCCAUGAUCUGGGAGACUUGAGGAUUGAACCAGAAACUAUCUCAACAGUAAAAGCUGAAGCUGAAAUUAAGGACGAGUUUCUUGAAGAUGACUCGAGGGAUAUAAAAAGUCAGCCAUCGACAUCCUUUUAUCUGGGAGGCUCAGGGAAUGAACCAGAUUCUAAACCAGUAAAAGCUGAAAUUAAGGAUGAGUUUUUUGAAGACGACACAAGAUAUAUAGAGAGUCAGUUAUCUACAUCCCUGGAUCUAGGAGAGCUGAAGAAUGAAGCAGAUGAGGAUAACUCAGGCUUUCUCGACGAAAAGAACACAUCAGCAAAUAUGAAAGCAAUAUCGGUACAUUCAUGUAAUAAGGAACAACGUAUGGGCCGGUCUGUUGAAGAAAAAACAUUAAAAGGUGAAAUUUGUUUUAAGCAACCUGACCAUAGAAGGUCCUUAAACAAAAACAUGAUAGUUCACAAAGGAGAACAACCUUAUGGGUGCGAAAUUUGUUUUAAGCGGUUUUCCCGUAAAAAUAAUUUGAAAAUACAUUCGAGAGUGCACACUGGUGAAAAACCUUACAAGUGUGAAAUUUGUUUUAAGCAGUUUAGUCGAGCACAGCAUUUGAAAGAUCAUAUAAAAUGGCACACUGGUGAAAAACCUCAUAAGUGCGAAAUUUGUUUUAAACGAUUUAGUCAAGCAAGUACUUUAAAAAAACAUUUGAGAGUGCACACUGGAGAAAAGCCUUACAAGUGUGAAAUUUGUUUUAAGCAAUUUAGUCAAGAUAAAGAAUUGAAAGAUCAUUUACGGAUACACACUGGUGAAAAGCCUUACAAGUGUGAAGUUUGUUUUAAGAGGUUUUCUCAAAAAAGUAAUCUGAAUAGACAUUUGAGAUUACACACUGGAGAAAAUCCUUACAAGUGUGAAAUUUGUUUGAAGAGGUUUUUUCAAAAAAGUAAUCUGAAUGAACAUUUAAGAUCCCACACAAGAGAAAAACCUCGUAAGUGCAAAAUUUGCUUUAAGCAGUUUACUAGAGUAGCUAGUUUGAAGAAACAUAUGCGAUUGCACGAUGAAGAAAAACCUAACAGUGUGUAAUUUGUUUAUAGGCUAUUGAUUAUAUUCAAAAUAAGAUAGCUAAAAGGAACUACAACGUUAACGGGGUUUUAUUAUUCCAUAUGGUCAAUGGACAUCUAUAUAUGAAAAAACCGCGGAGUGCUACCAUUUAGUGCGUUUUUGAGAAAUGGGUGAAUUAGUCCUUGGGCAAAGGUUACAUUAGGGUGAGUUCUAUGCACUUUUGGUACAAACAUAUCUGGGUGGUUCGCCAAAAUAAGCGGCAUAUUGUGUAACUCGCUUUUUUCUUAAGUCCUUUACAUACUGUGUUUCAAAUUGUGUUGCCAAAGUUAAGUUAUACAAUAGAUGAAUGUACGCCACUUAACAUUAAUUUAAAAAAAAAGUAUUUUUACAAGCAUUCUAUGCAAUUUUUAUGUCAAAAUAUCAACUCCGAGGCUGUAACCCACCUUGGUUUUUGAUCUGUUUUAUAGUAUUACACACUGAAAAGUUACAAAAGUGCAGAUUAUUUUAUCAAUAAUUAAUUAAAAACCCAAUGUAACUUAAAACUGUCAAAUUAAUAAUUUUCAUUUUUAAAAUUAAACCAUAAAAAUCUACUACUAAAAACUGUAACCAACUUGGUGCAUCAACACCGAGGCCUCAUGAGAAUAUAUGAAAAUUUUAUUCCAAACUGCACUAUAUUGUAUGGCAGGCAGCUUGACAAGAGAGGAACGCUUCAGUCUAACCCAAAUUGUGGAAGAAAGUGGACGAACAUAAUAUCGUUAAGCGAUAGAAAAUUUUUCAAGGUGUCUUAAGCUAAGCGUAUGUUUUUAUACAGUCAACAUCGAAGCCUUCGUAAAAGCUUAAUUUUGCUAAUUUUUUACUAUGAUUUUUUUCUAAGUAUACGCUAUGAAGUUUUUUUGACACACGAUGAAUAAAGUAGAAUUAUUUUUAAUAUUUUGUAGAAAGUAGAAUUAAAAAUGUAUGAAAUCAUCAACACCGAAGCAAUCGACUCCGAAGCCCAGUCGUGCCUCGGAGUUGUUUAAAGUGUGCGAAUGGUCAUUCUUAAACUAAAAAAAUACAAUUUAAAUUUAGUCUGAUAUAGGGAAAGGGUUACUGGGUAAGCUGUCAAGAUGUUUCGGUCGGUUUGGUAAUUAUCUUCUUUUUAUAGAAAAUGGCUCGUAUACACUGGAGUACGACGGAAAAAUGAAGGCGAAAGCCCCCAAAAUCGUUAAAUAAAGAUUUUAUGAAAGAAAGUAAUUUUUUAUGCAGCUAUGCUUAUUUCUGUAAGAAUAUACCAUUUUGGGUAGUCUUCUCUAAUGUUGAUAAAAGAGACAUAUGCUGUCCAUGUAGGCACAUUAUGUGAAAACAUGGAGCUCAUGUGUGGAAGCGGAUAACAAAUAAUUAUGUUGACAUGAAGACAAUGGAGAAAAGACAGGAGAAUGUGUAGAAAGGAAAUGCCAAGAUUGUGUUCAAAAGCAGAUUAGAUUUUUGAAGUUUAACGGAAAAGACACGGUUACAUAUUGGAAAGUUUUGUCAACACGAAGGCCGGUCUAAAUCAACUCCGACGCAAUUGAUAUUUUACCUAUUUUUCAUGUUUUUCUGUAGUACUUUAUAUCAAAAUGGAAGUGUUUUGUAUAGUUUUAUUACAUACCAGUUUUUAUUUAAUUGUUACGAUCAUAAAUUUCAAUUAACAGAGAAUUACGUCAACACCGUGGACACUUGUCAACUCCGAAGUCACAACAUUUCCGUUUUUCGGUAAAUAUUUAAAAAUGAUCUCUGCUGGUAUCAUGGGUAAGUUGAAUAGCUCAUUUUAUAAAAAAUAUUUAAAAAUGAACUAAUUCUACACCAUGUUUUGAAUUAAAUUUCUCUACCUCGAAAUUGCCGUCUAUUUUGGCGAAUCACCCAUCUACAUAAAAAUUGUUCCUGGUUAAAUUUCCUAUCUAAAUAUCACUUUUUAAAGUCAACGAUACUUUUUUUACAAAAAUAUAUUCAAAAGAAAAAGCACAAAGAUACCCAAAAGAAAGAAUUUUUUGUUUUUUGUUCCAUAACUUUUGUCCACGAGGAUAUAGGUAUAGAGAUUGCUUUACCGAAAAAUAACCUACAUAUUUCUUCUUUAAAAUAUUGUUUAGUAGAGGUAAUUAGGAUUUAUAGUUUUCGAAAUAUGGUUUUUCAAAGUGCGCCACUCACAGCAAUUUUGGGCAAUUUUCCUUGUUAUUUCGC